CUCACUCCAGCGCAAUCAUCAAGCUAGACACUAGCUAUCGACCGGCAGCCAGCAGCUAUGGACAUGAGCCUCGAGCACUCGAGCUCUCCCUCCUCCUCAUCCACUACCGAGCGCGCCGGGACGGCGUGGCCGUGGCCGCCGAAGCGCCCCGCGGGCCGCACCAAGUUCCGGGAGACGCGGCACCCCGUGUUCCGCGGCGUGCGCCGCCGUGGCAGCGCCGGCCGGUGGGUCUGCGAGGUGCGCGUGCCCGGGGAGCGCGGCACGCGCCUCUGGCUCGGGACGUACAUCACGGCCGAGGCGGCCGCGCGAGCGCACGACGCCGCCAUGCUCAUGCUCCGGGGCCGCUCCGCCGCGUGCCUCAACUUCCGGGACUCCGCGUGGCUGCUCGCGGUGCCGCCCGCAUUCACCAACCUCUCUGACGUCCGGCGCGCGGCCGUCCAGGCCGUCGCGGACUUCCUGCGCCGUCCGGAGGCCAACAGUGCCGCUGCCGCGGUGCAGGAGGUCACCUCCAGCGUGUCCGCCCCGUCGUCGGCGGUGUGCAGUGUGCCCUCGUCAGAGACGGCGCAGGCUUCCCCUGAUGCCGCUUUUGAGGCGCCGGCCGCACUGGACAUGGACGUGUUUGACCUCGACUGCUUGUUUGGGGAAACGGACUCCGACGCGUACUACUACGCGAACCUUGCGCAGGGGCUGCUCAUGGAGCCACCGCCGACUGUGGCCACCGGGUCGUACUGGGACAAUGGAGACUGCGCCGACGGCGGAGCCGGAGCUGAUGUCGCGCUCUGGAGUUACUAGUACUAAUAUCAACAAUCUCCAGCAUAUAUUCGAGUUGAAGCCGCUUCGAUUAUGAUCCACGUCCCGAGACAGUCCAUCGAUGGCGCGCGGCAUCGAAUUGGAUGGAAUGGAUGAUGUUCCUGCAUAUUUCUUCUCAGGUUCUGCGUGUCUCCUCAUUCCUCUCAUGGCAAAAAGACGUACAAGCAA